UCCUUUCAUACACAUUAGUCAUGUGUUGCUCUAUGGUCUGAACUAAUACUAAUACUAAUACUAGUGUUUUUUUUUGUCUUUGGAGCAGGACCUGUCCUCUGCUGUGAUUGGUCAGCAUGCAGGUGGUGGUGUUCCUGCUCUUGCUGGCUGUGUCUCCUGGACUGGGCUCCAGACUGUGUUCUCAUCUCUGCCAGUGUUUCGAGCACUCAGACCUGGUGGACUGUCGCUCGAGGGGGUUGAGCAGUGUGCCGCACGGCCUCCCUCACGGCACAUGGCUCCUGGACCUGGGAGGAAACACGCUGACAGAUAUCCGACCUCGAGCCUUCGCUGGACUGUGGUCAAUGCGGGUCCUCGUGCUGGCAGACAGCAGCAUCCAGGAGCUAAAGACACAGGCAUUUUACUCACUCUCCUACCUGGAGAAACUUGACAUGAGCCGUAACAACCUGAGUUGCCUCCCUGCUGACUUUUCUGAGAGUCUGUCCUCCUUGAAGGAGCUGCGACUGGAACACAACGAGCUUGAGCUGCUGGAGCCACCGUGCCUGGAGCAUCUGGAGAGCUUGGAGAAGCUGGACUUGAGUCAUAACCGCAUCAGCUUCCUGCGUACCGGUGCCUUCCGUGGCCUGUCCCGCCUGCGUCACCUCUACCUUGAGGGAAACCGACUGACUUUCGUGCUGGACGGUGCUUUUUCUGCACUGCCCAGCCUGGAGGUUCUGCAGCUUGGUGGGAACAACAUUACUCACAUCGAGACUAACUCUCUGGCAGCCCUCCGGAGCCUGGCCCUGCUUGGUCUGGAGGGCAACCGCCUGGAGCAGCUGAAGUUCCGGACCUUCCUGAACCUGCACACGGCCGGCACACACCUGCAGCUGGCCGGCAACCCCUGGCACUGUGACUGCGAGCUGCACCGCGUCUUUAGCAAGCUGCUGAGCGUACGCCACCUGCAUGUGGACGACUACCGCAAUGUGACGUGCAGUCAGCCCUGGCAGUUGGCCGGAGCCUCACUGGCCUGGGUGGACAGCCAGUUGUGCAUGGCUGAGACGGUCACUGUGCUGGUCAUUACAGUAACGGUGCUGGUCACGGUGUUCGGAGCGCUCAUAGUGGCCGAACGCAACCGCAAAAAGAAGAAGCGCAAUGGACAGGAUGACACGGACACGUAGGAACACUUCAUGGCCUUUUUUACUUUUACCAGAUAUGGAUAUACUUUAGAGUAGUCAGAGGUGAAAUAAGUUUUGAUGAGAGCCAUGAUGCUCUUGAAGGCAUCACGUCCAGGAGGGAAAAAAGAACUGCCCGCCCACACUAAAAACUGAUUGGCUGACUCAAAGACUCUUUGUAGAGAACAGACCAAUCAGAACCCUCUCAGUUUUGCAUGCGCUUCAUAAAUAUGCACAUAAAUAUGCAAAACCUCUCCCUUUCUUUCAAACAUGCGAUUGGGUAAAAAAGUCGGUGCACACGGUGUGUUCACUCUUGGGCAACUUUUUCUACAUUCCAGAACAUUUUAUCUGACUUAUGAGUAUUAGGGAGGGGUUAUUGAUAUGCGGUAGACUCCCGCAACUUCCGGGAGACUUGAGAAGUCUGUAACUUACACUCAUAUAGUGCUUUUCUUGUCACUUAAAGACGCUUAACAACAUUCUAAGCAAACUCAUUUACACUCAGCACUCAUUCACACAUUCUGGGGAGAAGUGGCAGCCAAUCACACAGCGUACUCUUAACCAGAAAUAACCAUCAACCUGGAGAACUGCAUCAGACCAUCUCUGGCGGAGGAACUGACCCAUGCCAAUCCAUAUCAAUCAUACACACAUUAACACACAUAUAUACACACAUAUACUUACACCCAUACACAUACGCACUAGCACAAUUCAGAGUAUCUAAUUUAAUUUAAUCUCCAUGGGCCAGUUGUUCAGAGGUAAUCUGAUCGGAUUUUGGUUAUCGGAUUGGAUCAAAUCUGGAAAACGGGUUGUUCAAAAGGGAAAGAAGCAUUCUGAAAUCGGAUCAGAUCACGUAAUCCAAUCCUAGUUUGUAAAUGGAUCAAACCUUCAGUUUCUGUUGUUCAAAACUUUUCAGUAGGAUUUGGAUAACUUUGAUCCAAAAAAACAGGAUUACCCUGAUCCCAACAAGGGGUAGGAUUUCAAGGGGGAUUUCAGGAAGU